UCUAUCCGAUUGAUCGAUCGAUCGAUCGACCGCCGAAAAGAGCUUUUUCUCCAGCGCUCCGCCUCACCGCGGCAUCUCCCCUCUAAAAGCACCGGACGCCGACGCCACGUACCGGAGCACCCACCAGACUCCUCCUCCGCAACUCAGCUCAGCUCCCUCCCCCACUCUCCCCGCAGCGAGCGAGCGAGCGAGCGAUCGGCGAUGAAGAAGUGCGCGUCGGAGCUGGAGCUGGAGGCCUUCAUCCGCGGGCGGGGGCUCGCCGCCGAGCAGAAGCCCGGCAGCGCCGCCGCGGGCGCGAAUGGUCCCUACGGCCUCUUCUCCGCCGCCGACCUCUCCAGCGCCUUCGGCUUCGCCGACUCGCAGGCCCUCAAUGGAACCAUUCAGAAUCACCUGUGGCCUCAGUCCCCGAACCUCGGCGCACGGCAUCCCGCAGUCUCCACGACAAUCGAGUCGCAGUCGUCAUUCUAUGCAGCAGCGAGUCCCACGUCGGCCACCAAUCUGAGUAUCAAAGAGAGCCAAGCAUUCGGAGGCACGAGCGGCUCGGACUCCGACAGCGAGUCGAUGUUCGACGACGGUGGCUUGUGCGACAACGGCACGAACCCAACGGACGUUAAGAGGAUGAGACGGAUGGUGUCGAACCGGGAGUCGGCGCGGCGGUCGAGGAAGAGGAAGCAAGCUCACUUGGUUGAGCUGGAGACGCAGGUGGAUCAGCUCCGGGGUGACAACGCGUCGAUCUUCAAGCAGCUGACGGACGCGAACCAGCAGUUCACGACGGCGGUGACGGACAACCGGAUCCUCAAGUCGGACGUGGAGGCGCUGCGGGUGAAGGUGAAGCUGGCGGAGGACAUGGUGGCGCGCGGCGCGAUGUCGUGCGGGCUGGGCCACCUGGGGCUGUCCCCGGCGGCGCUGAACCCGUGCCGCGUCCCGGACGUGCUGGCCGGUCUGGACUUCCUCCCCGGCGGCGCCGACGACGCCUGCUUCGGCAGCCUGUCCCCGGCUGAGCAGGUGCAGAGCUCGCCGAUGCAGAGCAUGGCCAGCCUCGAGAGCCUCGAGCACAGCAGCCGGAUGCAGCACGGCGGCGGCGCCGACGCCGUCGACGUCUGGGGCUGGGACUCCAGCUCCAACGGCGCCAUGUCCAAGUGAAGCCAUGCACGUUCCUCCCUGUCUGCGUACCUACCUAUGUCGAAGUGUUUGAGCUGAUGAAAACUCUUGAUGGACUUGAGUUUUUCAGAGUCCUCUCGUGUCGCGUCAGUCGGUAAUAACUCUGCGUCUUCGGGGUGCCUAGUAGCUAUGUAAUGGAACUUUCUACCCAGAGUACAUGUAAUGGUACGUAAGACCAUGUCAGUUAACUGUGAUCUGUCAGUCAGUGGUAAGCUUCAUUUACAGAUUA